GACAUGAGAUCGUAUUCUACAUGAAUAAAUACGGUAAAUGUUUUUUAAUUUUUAUAUUUUUUGUUAAAACCAGACCUUAAGUUUUUUGAAGAAAGCUGCUCCAUGUUCCAGCGACAUCAUCUCCACUAGCUACUCUCACUGCCUCAUGUCUGGCCUCCUCUCCUCUCGCCUGAAUGACACUCAGGCGUCCAGCCUCUCUCAGGAGGAGCAGCUUGAUGCCAUCUUGUCAGCAGCCAUCGAGACCAGUUCUUUGAGUUUGAUCACCGGUUGUAUCAAACAGUGGACGGCAGAAG